CGCACACAUGACUAUAUUAGUAGGCGAUAGCUCCAUCAUCGAUCAAAGUCACUUUCCUCCUCAUUUGCUUAAUAUCAGCUGUACUUCUAUUGGACAAGUAAAUAAAGACGGCAUGUCGUGGCUCUUGUUUAUAGCAAGGUAUGACAGAUGUGGAACACAGGUUCAGUUUUCAGGUAAUUAUGUCGAGUACUCAAAUUCUGUGAUUCUAAAGCGAAGAGGCGAAAGUGAUAUCACUUCCAGAGAACACGAACUUGUAAUUCCAGUUAAGUGCAACCUAAAGAACUCGGGAAAGUCAUCAAUAAACUUCGAUCCGCAAGAGGACUCACUAAUUGGAGAUGCAGUUGAGAGCGAUGGAAACUUCUCUUUCGCUUUAGACAUGUAUCAGGAAGGGAACUUCACUCUUCCGUACGGUAACAACGAUUAUCCAGUUGUUGUCGAUAUUGGACAAACGAUCUACUUUGGAGCCCAUGUAACUUCUUACACUGAAGACGUAAAGUUAUAUAUUGAUUCUUGUGUUGCUACGACAAGCUCAGAUGCAUUUACAUCACCAAGAUAUGAUCUCAUCCAAUACAG